AUGGGAAAGAAAAGUGGUAGUACUUCAUGGUUAACUAUUGUCAAAAGGGCCUUCAGGUCUCCGUCUAAGGAUCAUGACCAAAAGAGCAGCAGAAGAAGAGAAGACCAUGAACCAGAAGAGGAAGAGAAGAAAAGAGAGAAGAGAAGAUGGCUAUUUCGAAAGGCUACUUCACAUAUUCAACAAUGUGAAGCAACAAAGACAGAAACAACCAUAUCUGUGACUCCUGUUUUGGCUGCUGACCAAAAACAUGCAUUUGCAGUGGCCGCAGCCACUGCAGCUGCGGCCGAAGCAGCUGUUGCUACUGCCCAAGCGGCAGUAGAAAUUGUUCGGUUCACUAGGCCGAACAAUUUUGCCAAAGAGCACUAUGCGGCUACACUCAUUCAAACAGCUUUCAGAGGUUACUUAGCGAGGAGAGCUCUGCGUGCGCUUAAGGGUCUCGUAAAGCUUCAGGCUUUAGUGAGAGGUCACAAUGUUAGGAAGCAAGCAAAGCUGACACUUAAAUGCAUGCAAGCUCUGGUUCGAGUUCAAGAUCAGGUUCGAAACGAAAGAGCCAGGCUUUCGCAUGAAGGAGGCAGAAACUCCAUGCUUUCCGAAACAGAAAUGAGCUUAUGGGAGUCCAGAUACCUUCAAGACAUUCGCGACAGAAAGUCGAUAUCCAGAGAAAAAGUGAGUGAAGGAGUUGAUCAAUUCUUGUUACAAAGUCGAAAGGAAGCUUCUUUAAAACGUGAAAAAGCCCUUGCUUAUGCCUUUUCUCACCAGAUAUGGAGGCCUAGAAGACACCCCUCUAUAGGGGAAGAAGCAGAGCUAGAAGAGAGAACAAAAUGGCUUGAUCGGUGGAUGGCCACAAAGAACUGGGAAAAUUACAGAGCUUCAACAGACAAAAGAGACUCCAUAAAAACAGUGGAAAUGGACACUUCUAGGCCUUACAUUUCAUCCCAACACCAAAAACAGCCAAAUCCAAAUGCUGCAAUGGCUUCACCUUUGCACAAGUCACAUUACAACAACAUGAACAUCUCUCUCGGCCACUCUCCUGCAACACCCUCUCCUUCAAAACCCAGAGCGCUAAAAGUGCGUUCCGCAAGUCCUAGAUGCUCUUCAGCAGCACAUACCCCCAAUUUAGGCUCUGCUUACUGUUUCAGGGGUGGUAUGUGUAGAUAUGGUGUCGGCUCAAAUAAUGUGAUUGGUUCAGUGCCUAAUUACAUGGCUGCAACCGAGUCUGCAAAGGCUAAGGCGCGGUCUCUAAGUGCACCACGGUCAAGGCCAGCUACACCGGAUAGAGACCGGGGUGGUUCGGCCAAGAAACGGCUGUCGUACCCGGCCCCUGAGUCACAUAGCUUGGAAAGUCCUAGCUUCAAGAGUGUGCAAAAUGGGUACUAUGGAAGGGAGAACUUGUCUACUUACACUGAUAGCCUAGGGGGAGAAAUUUCUCCAUGUUCAACCACUGACUUAAGGUGGUUACAACAAUGA